AUGUUACUAGAACAGCUGUUCCGGACGAAGCGUUCGUCCGGACUUGGUGAAGCCCAGCGCUGUGAGCUUGCCUGUGUCGCUGACUAUGAGCGGCGCAUGGUCGAGACGGUCGAUCGGCCCAUCGUCGAUUACUGUCGCGGUGGAGCGGCCAGUGAACGAACGAUCGCCCACAACAGGAGUGCCUUCGAACGGUUGCGUAUCCGACCACGGUGUUUACAGCGGCUCGGUGGUAGCCGCUCACUAGCCAUCACCUGCCUGGAUGUUGGCUAUAAACUACCGAUCGGUAUUGCUCCGGUCGCACUGCAGCGAUUGGCGCAUCCCGAGGGCGAGAAGGCAAUGGCUCGGGCGGCCCGGACCUUCGGUAUACCAUUCGUCCUGAGCGUGCUGUCCAGUGUAUCGAUCGAAGAGCUAGCGGAGGCCGUUCCACGUGCCCCGAAGUGGUUUCAGCUGUAUAUUUUCAAAGACCGGGAACUAACCGAGUGCCUGGUACGGCGUGCGGAGAAAGCACGCUUCCGUGCGCUGGUCGUAACGGUCGAUUGUCCGGCACCGGGACUAAGCCGAACGGAGCGCCGGAAUCCGCUUACCCUGCCGCCUAAGGUGACGUGUGCCAAUUUUGUGCCGGCUGGGGCCGAUGGCAAAAAAUCCUGCUCCGCCAGUGUACUCGAUUACGUGCGUAGUCAACUGGAUCCGGGACUUGGAUGGGACGCCAUUCGUUGGUUGAUGAGCAUCACCACGCUGCCGGUCAUCGUGAAGGGUAUCUUGCAUCGGAACGAUGCGCUGAUUGCCGCGGAUAUUGGUGUACAUGGACUGAUCGUGUCCAACAGUGGAGGUAGACAAAUUGAUUGUGCUCCAGCAGCGAUUGAAAUUUUACCAGAAAUCGUUCACGCGGUCGGCCACCGGUUAGAGGUGAUGCUGGACAGUGGUAUCUGUGAGGGUACCGAUGUGUUCAAAGCCCUGGCACUCGGUGCACGGCUUGUCUUCGUCGGACGUGCCCCCAUGUACGGUCUGGCAGUGAAUGGCCAGCGUGGGGUAGAGGAGGUCCUAGAUAUCCUGAAAAUGGAGCUGGAAUCGACAAUGCUGAAUGCAGGCUGUGCUACGGUGGCCGAUGUGACCCCACAGCAUGUUUGCCACGAGGUGCAGCUCUAUUAUCAACCGGAACGUCUGCGAGGCAAUUGGCGUACCGAGAGUGGCCGAAGUGAUCGCUAUCGGACACGAGAACGACCUACGCGUGAGAUGGAAAGCAUAAGAGCGGAGGAAUCCGCCGAUAACGAUGUGGACAGUGAGGAAGUGUUUGUGCGGGGGGAAACCACCGGGGAAAGAGUUACCUUUCAGCAGCGUUCCGUGGAUGAGAUCCGAUCCGAGGCUCGAGUGGCUGCCGCACAUUCGGAGUGAGCCCCGUGGAAUCUACCGCUCCAACACCAGCAACAUUGUCGGUCGGUGCAAUGCCAAUGCCAGCGUCAAUACCUGCCAGCAGACCGACAGCAUGGGCAAUGUGCGAUCGGCAAGGACGGUU